UCGGCUUUGUGGCGGGGGGGUGACCGAUACCGCGGGGGGAGACCAGUUGCUCGCUUAGCUCCGCUGAUUCCGAUUUAUGAGGGUUCUCUUUUUACCGUAUCGGAGUGUUUUGCCUUGCCUUGUCUAUUGUGAAAGGGUGGGGGUCUUCCGGGUCUUCGUGGCUUCUUAUGCUCUUCGUUCCCACCGGAGGCGCGGGGGCAGGGGUAGCAUGGCCAGGGUGGGGCGGCCCCUUGCACGCAAGCUGACUUGCUCUGUUCCCACGUGCUUUCGCAGAAAAGGCGGGGGGGGCACCUGAAGGGCUCUCCCGUUCUGCCCCCACAUCUCUCUGAUCCCCUUUCCAGGCUGGCACCGGCGGCCAUGGCCCAGAUGGGGCACAGGGUGGAUUACCUGGCGGGAUUUUGCUGCCCGGUCGGGGGAUUGGCAGCCGGGAAGCCCCGCGUGCUGUGCCACGAGAACCAGAUCUACCUCUCCAAUGGCACCGAGUACGUCUAUGUCUACGACCAAGAAGGGCGGCUGAUGAAGGCUGUCUACAGGUUUCCUGAUCAGGUCUGGCAUGUGGAGCUCUUGCCUCUCCACCAUCAGCUGUAUAUACUGUGCGCUGGAGUUGGCAUUUACUGUGUGUCCUUGGACUACCAGAGCAGGUUAGCGAAGCAGAUGGAUGGUGAAGAAAAUGACUGCUUCUCCAACAUCUUCCCCAUGGGGUGUGAUGCCUGCACUUUCCCUGAUGCCACACUUUGCACCUUCACGCUACUCAAUGAUGUCUUAGUCACCCUUUCCCAAGUCCAGGAGAAGUGGUGCAUGAAUCUCCACAAACUCCCGGGCCCUGAGGACCAGGAGAAAUUGCCACAUCAGCCAGUCAGUCAUGUGGACAUCACCACCAGCACAAGCAAUGAUGGCGACAUGUCUUUAGCCCACUUCCUCCCCGUCCUGUGCUGUGCAUCUGCUCCUGGCGCCAGUGAGCACUGGGAGGGACUUCGCCAUUCUGGGGGGUUUGUGCUGGAGGAGCCUCUCUUCAGCCUCCUUUUUGGGGUAGAUGCUGCCAUGCUGGAUUCUCCCAUGAUCCUCUGUGGCUUCCCAGAUGGGCAGUUGUGUUCUGUGCCUUUGAAGGCCCUGAAUUCCCCCGGGGGCCAUGGCUGGGAAGACUCACCUGUCAAGAUCCUUCACCAUCUGGAGGAGCCAGUUGUCUUCAUCGGGGCCCUGAGGACUGAACGGAAAUCCCUAGGUGCAGAGGAACAUCCGGCCUAUGGAGGCUUGGGUUGUGACUGUGUUGUGGCUUUGGGACACUAUGGUAAAAUGGUGGCCAUCAAAGCCUCUCAAGAAGAAGAAGUCAAGGUCCCAGAGCUCCGGGAGUAUUAUCUUCAGGGGCCAGUUCUGUGUGCAGCAUGCAGCGGAGGGAGCUGCAUGUACUACAGCACUCAUUCUGACAUCUAUGCAGUUGACUUGGACAGCAACACACCUGAGGCUGAGAAAGUGGAGGCUCCGGCAGGGACCCUCCCUUCAGCUUUGUCUCCUGCCAGCUUGAGUAUCUGCAGUGUGGUGGCACUUUCCUUGUCUUCUCGGGAGUCAGAAGGAGAGUCUGAACUUCUGGCGCUCUCCGCCAAAGGCCGUCUCAUGACGUGUGGCUUGUGCAGCCCAGACGACACACAGCCAGUCAAGAUGAACACUGACAAAGCUGGGCAGAGGAUCAAAGAGCUGCUGUCUGGGAUAGGCCAUGUCUCUGAAAGAGUGUCCUCCCUAAAAAAAGCUGUGGACCAAAAAAAUCGAGCUUUGACAUGCCUGAACCACGUGAUGAAUGUGAGUGCAGCUUUGCUGUCAAGCCAGAGUGGUCCGAAGCCCAUCACUUGCACCAUCGCUGCGCAUUGGAGCCAUAUGCUGGUCCAGGAUACCUUGACAAUCUCCUGCAUCUUGGAAAAUUCAAGUGAAUGCAGCCUGGAGCGGGGCUGGACCUUCUGUGUCCAGCUUUUUGCCAACUCCUGUGACUUUGAGGAAACCUCCUCAGAUUCUGCAACCACCUAUACCUUCCCUAUAGAUCAGCUCCUUCCAGGGAACAAGACAGAGGUUACCCUUCCACUUGGCCCUGCUGAAGGCUCCAAACUGGAUCUGCCUUUCACUGUCUCCUGCUCGCUCUACUAUAGUUUGCAGGAGAUCUUAGGCACUGCUUCUGAAUCCACUGAGCUUCUGGAUGACCUGUUUUCUGACGAUUCUCCUGGCCUUUCCCUGGACAGAGAAGGCAUCUGCCUGCCCUUGAGGGAAGUCACCAUUGAUCUCUUGCAGUGCCUUCGCUUGGAUGCCAACAAUGGGACGUCUGAAGCUGGCCCACCUGCUGUGGCCAUUUCUGUCCCUGGGGAUCCAGUUGAAACCUUCUUGAAAUUAUCUCUCGAGAACAUGGAAGAGAAUGAUGAGCUUGUCCGAAAGGGACUGAGCACUGUUGAUGAAAAUUACUUGGCUCCAACUGUAGCUUCAAUCAAGGUAUCCUCUGAACUGCUGAGAACAGCUUUGAAGGACAUCUGUACAGAAGUGUCGCUAUGCUGUGCUGUGCUGCGAUGGCUGCUGGCUGAAAAUGCUGCAGUGGAUGCCCUUCGGAGCCAGGAGGUGGCAGUCAUGCAGGGGUUGGCCCCAGAUGGAGGCAAAGUGCAGCUGAACAUCCGAGAGGUGACUGUCAGUGACCUGAGCCCAACAGGUCCUAUCGAAGCUGUGGAGAUUGUCAUCCAGGGCUCUCCACUGGCAAACAUGUGUCAGCUGCAUCAUGCUGUGGUUCGGCGCAUUCAGACUCUGAUUCUGGAACAAGCUGCCCAGGAUUCUUCUCCCCCAGAUAUCCGAGUGCAGUAUCUCCACCAGAUCCAAGCCAACCAUGAGAUGCUGCUCAAGGAGGCCCAGUCCCUCCGUGGUGACCUGUGUCUGGGGAAUGAUUCGGAUGCAACGGUGGAGAAGCUUCUGCAGGUUUAUCGGCAGCUACGCAACCCCAGCCUUGUGGUCCUGUGAGUGUCAAGCAGCGGCACCCCUUGGAGGAUCCCACUGCCACCUCUGCCCAGAGCUGGUGGAUGAAGGGAGCAGCAGGCUGGGCGCUUUCUAGACGGGAAGCUGAAGCAGAGGCAUGGCAGAGAAGGGGUGGGGGAUUCCAGCAGGCAGACCCUGGCUCCUCUGGAGACUGAAAGUUCAGGGGCCAACCCUUUUCCCUUUGAACACGGCUAGCUUUUUCCCCCCAGGCUCCACAUUUCUGCCCACCCUGGACAGGCGACUGGUUGCAUUGUGACACUCUCACACGCAGACGGUCCAGUCCUUGUGUGCACGUAUGUGCAGAGAUGCCCAGGUGCAUGUAUGUAAUUUGGAUGGCUAGCAAGACGCCCUCGUGGCUGUGGGUGGUGUGUUGUGGAUUACACUUGAUGUUGUUAGUUUAGCUUUUCUCGCUUUUGGUGGUACUUACUCCACUGUGGCAGGCAAGUCUGCUGAGUUGUAGAUGGGGAAGGGAGGGGGAGAUUUUGCUGGAAAUUCAAUGCCUUUUUGUUUAUUCCAAGCAGCAGCAGCAGCCGCCACCACCACCACCACCAAAGGGCUAUGCUUCUAGCUGUGUCGUAUUUUUCAAGAACACUGUGGAAAAACAGGCUGUCACAU